AUGGAGAAUGCAAAUGCUUUCAAAAAAUAUAAUAGUAGUAUAGACAGCUUGGAUAAAAAAUCAGUUUACCUAAAUAACAGUAAAAUUGUCAAUAAUGAGGCCAGAAAUAUACAUGAGAUUUUCAGUCUUUGCUUCCCUCCUCUCUUGAACCACUAUUACAAAGAAAAGCAGUUGGCAGUUGUUUAUCAUGAUCUUCAAAUCCCAAGCGAGGAGUGUUUGAAUAAAUACAACGAUGAGUUGAAGAUAAAAGAAACGAUUGAUGUGAGAUUUGACACUUAUAUUUCAAAUGCUUAUGCAAUGUAUCUUUAUGUUUUUUCAAAUGAGACGUGCAUCUCUAUUCUUUCUUCUUGCUUUGAUACAUCUGCUAUCCAUGGUAGUGUCUUACAAAGUAUCUCUAUAAAUAUUGACGCUUCACUCAAGAUUCUUAUUGGUCAUGCUAUACUCGAGUUCUGCUUUAAAUACCUUUUUAACAGGGCUGAGAAUAUCUUUAAUGACUUUGUCUGCGCUUACAGAAAUUUAUGGGUUGGUGUAUCAAAGGUUGAUGCACUCGAUUAUAGUAGUAUCAAUUUUUAUUUGUAUCAAACGACCAAAGUGAGAAUGAUUGAAAUAAGAAUAUCGCAACUGGAAAAUAAGACCAUGAGUUUGCAUUACGAUCUGUACCUCGAAGUAAAUAAUGAAGCUGUCAUUUCUUUAUUUGUCUUUUUUUUUGAAUGUUUCAUAGGCAUUCUUGAUUUUGUCCCAGCACAUCAAAAUGCUGGAAUAAUAUCCAUUAUUUGGAACAGAUGCACUGCUACCAAAGAAUGCUUAAAAGCAUUGUUAACUCUUGAUAAAGCAGCUGAAAGUGAAGUUGGCGAAUUGAUUGAUAGGGAAAUUAAGAAUAUAUGCGAUUUCUGCGAAGAAAUUAUAAAGCGCAAGGCCAAAAAUAACAAAGGCUCGACGGACAGACUGAAGACAGUCUUAACCACUUUAUCGACCUUUGUAUGGACGAAUAUUGCUUUAAAGUGGGAUUUGUAUACAAUUUAUUUAUAUAUGCCCUACAAAUAUACAUAUUUCCAAAGAAUCGUUUAUAGAACAUUGACUCCAAAGUCCAAGAUAUAUAUAUCUUACGUUGAAAGUAAUAUCUACGUCAAUAAUACCACACCGUGUUUAAAAGUAUCAGACUGUAAUAAAUUUCUGGUCCGAUAUUUGAUAUCAUUUAGUCGGUCUUCUAUAAAGAUUAGAAAUAUUUUUAGCAAGAAUAAUAGAAUAAUAGGACAUAAAGACAAAUACUUUACAGAACUAUUUGCAGAUAUUUGGAUAUAA